CAACAAUAUCGGUCGCAACUAUCCGACCAAACGAGACGCUUGCCGAAAAACCCGAAGAAUAAUUAUGUUUUGCACGCACGCACGCACACACGGUCGUUCCUAUGUCAUGGAUACAUAUGCCCUGAAGACGGCGCCUAUAUCUCUCUAGACAUAUAUUCGUGCAAAAAGCAAAAACAUACAACACCGAGGAAUCCCAGUGGUCACCCACCUAAGCUGCUGAGUACGAAUCCAGCGCUUUAAGGUCUUGUCUAUGGGAGCAACGAUUGCCGAAAUCAGACAAAUCGUAUUCUAAAAACGGAGACCUCACAUCCCAAGCACCCCAGUUCAAAAUCUCUUGGUAAUAACUAAAUGAAACUCAAACGAUUCAAUCUACCUGGUUUAAGCUUAUACCGCACCUUUUACGUUUCAUUUUUUAACCCGUUUCUGUUUAUAUCUCUUUGCGGUUUCCACGGCGCCCAUAGUAAAGUGCCCAAAUUACUUAGGUCUACAUCUCCAUCGUCCCCAUACCGCUUUAAGCAAUGCACGGCUCAGCGAAACGCACUAGCAAUCCGGCCAAUUGUCAGCGACGGCAACCUGGAGGUAUAUAGUAUGGGCUAUAAAGAUAAUGAAGUAAUUGAAAGUAUAGGCCAUUGUAUUUGUUAGCAGCAGGUCAGCGGUUUGUCGUAGGGCUACUCUUAUAACGGAUACUCCGGAUUUGGUAAGGCCGCGAUUAAAUAAUAACGGAUGAUAAAAGGUAAAUGCCACACGGAUAACUCUGGCCUCGGAUAGCUGGGAAUGCCACUAAAUUGAUGCCGGGCGGAUUUGCCUUCUUUUAAUAACACCGCGCGCGGGGGAGG